GUACACAAUUGGGUUUUAAGCGACGACGGCGUUUUGUUUUAAUCAAUCACUGUAAGGAAGUUGAUAAUCAAUAAACAAAAGAAAUAUCUAAAAGAAUUAAACAUGCCUUUUAAAUAAAUAAUCGGAAUAGUUUCAGGGAUUAAUCACGAAUCUGAGCCACUUAAAAUAGUCAAAAUGUCUGCAGCGGAAGUGGUUGCACCUAUCAUCAAGCAGAAAACCGGACAGGACUUUCUGGAAUCCACGAGUUUCCGGAUCGGGCAGGAUGACCAACUGACCAAUCAGCGGAUGGACAGUAUCUUUAAGAGCGACUACCCACCCUAUGGCACGUACGGACGGCCGGCCGGCGCCAGGCCGCCACCACUGUCGGAAGUCAUGCAUCGGGACCAAAAAUUCUUCAGUGAGAGGGAAUCAGAAACCACUAAGUCCUUUGAAUACCGCCAUCUGCCAAAACCAGAAAUACAGGGCGCCAGUGGAAAGCUUCGCGUGACAAAUUUCAAAAUGGACAGAGACAUAAGCAAAUUUAACAAUUUCGAAACGGUUCAUAAUUCCUACUUUACCCCGAAAAUGGGAGAUGCAUACAAACGUGUAGAAGGGGCCGGUACCCGGCAGAGCAAUAUACCACAAGGGGAUAGGGAGAAGGAACCGCAGCCCCUCACAGACUACAGGGACAUGUUUAAGGGCCACGAUACAAACAUUCAUAAAACAAUAAGAGCCCCAUCAAUGCACGAAGGCGGGCCUCCGACGAUCAAGGGUGACGAUCGUAGCACGCACUUCAACACAACCCACACGGACACGUUUAUGGGACGCUAUGAGAAGCCCGUCCAGACGCUACCCGUGCCCCCAAGUUACAAUGUUCCGACGGGAGACCCGCGCAAUGUCGUGGAAAGGGAGACAACAAUGAACGCUUCCUUCCAGGAUAUGUCUAACCAAAAUCAACGACAGCCGUACAAUACCGAACAUGUAAGCAAAGUGCUAAACCAGACCAACUUUAAGCAACAAGAUGGCCACUAUAAAUGGAAUGACUACCGAAGCACUGCCACUUCUUCCUACAUGCCCUCCGUAAUUCCAGUUGAACGGUUCAAACCUGGGAAGCACAGAAAUCAUAGCGAUUUUCCGGAGGGCGAUUUAGACAAUCAACGCGUAAAUGAAAGAGUGAACUUAACUACAAACCGAUUUUACCACGGAAAUCCUCCAAGGGGUCUACAUAAUACCAUUAUAUCAGGCGCCAACCUGCGCACGAGAAGUAAUGUUUGGUUCGGAGAGCCACUGUUGGGCAGCUCUUUUUACAAUACAACCAAUAGUCGCUCGUUCUCGGCAAAAACUGUGCCCUACACCUACAACAGACAGAGCUUCUACAAGGAGAGCGAUAUUCCUGUGAAUUAUUACGGAAAAGGGGAGCGGAACCACACGACCGCUUUCUCAGACUACAAGGACCCCAGAAAAGUGAAAACGGCGCCCAAUUCUCAAGCGAUAGAAAAUUUAAAGAUGUCUCACAUAUUGCCUCCCAUCUCCAACCUACGUAACUUUAAUACCACACACAAUGACACGUUUUACCCGAAGAGUUCCGAACGUUACUCGUACGACGCCGGCAGGCUCCAGAAGAGCUCGGUUCCCCUGGGAACAAUGGCGGGUGUAUCAGACUGACAAGGAGUUGUCGCCCCUAGUUUGUUUUUAUAAAUAUGCCAUUUCGUUCUUCAAAGAAUAAGAGUAUAGACUCCAUUUAAAAUGAUCAAAAUAAACAAACAUAAUAAUCAUGGGCAGAGUCUUAAAUUAUUGGAACAUCUCUUAUGUUGUUAACGUAUUGUAGAAAAGUAUUUCUUAAUGUGACACAUUAUUAUGGCCCUUGAAUCUAGUUUUAUAUCGUGAUAAAUAAUGCAUUUCAAGGGCUGUGACCCUUGAUGAAGUAUGCUAUUUGUAUGAACUGUUGUUAUAGUUUAUAGAAUUUUUAAAUAAUCGCUGUAUCAACCUGUUAAAAACCACUUCGACUGUUGUGUGUGUAUUGAACUCAAAACAACAUUUAUUGAUUUGCAGAUAAUCGAUAUAUUCGCCUACAAAGUUCACUUUUUUAAAAUUUUCCCUGUGUUCUAGUCAGUGGUUAUAGUACAGAACUGUAACAUAGUUUAUGGGAUCCUGUACAUUAGAACUGCAACAUCUUCCACGGGAUUCUGUACAUUAGUAGUGCAACAUAGGUCAUAAGCUGCUGUACAUUAGUACUGCAACAAAGUCCACGGGAUUCUGCACAUAAGUAGUGCAACAUAGGUCAUAAGCUGCUGUACAUUAGUUAUGCAACAAAGUCCACGGGAUUCUGUACAUUAGUAGUGCAUAUAGGUCAUAAGCUGCUGUACAUUAGUACUGCACCAUAGUCAAUGGGAUCCUGUACAUAAGUUCUGAAACAUAGACAUUAGUCCUUUACAUCAGUGCUGCAACAUAGUCCAAAGGAUCCUGUACAUUAAUACUGCAACAUAGUCCGUGGAGUCCUGUACAUUAGUGCUGCAACAUAGUCCACGGGAUCCUGUAUAUUAGAACUGCAACAUAGUCAAUUGGAUCCUGUUCAUUAGUUCUGCAACAUAGUAAAUGAUUCCCUUCCAUACGUGCUGCAACAUAGUCCAAGGGAUCCUGUGCAUUUAUAUUGCAACAAAGUCCAUGUAAUCCUGUACAUUAGUGCUGCAACAUAGUCCACGGGAUUUUGUACAUCUGUGAUGCAACAUAGUUCAUGGGAUCAUGUACAUUAGUACUGCAACAUAGUCCACGGGAUCCUGUACAUUAGUACUGCAACAUAGUCCACAGGAUCAUGUACAUUAGUACUGCAACAUAGUCCACGGGAUCCUGUACAUUAGUACUGCAACAUAGUCCAUGGGAUCCUGUACAUUAGUACUGCAACAUAGUCCACGGGAUCCUGUACAUUAGUACUGCAACAUAGUCCACAGGAUCAUGUACAUUAGUACUGCAACAUAGUCCACGGGAUCCUGUACAUUAGUACUGCAACAUAGUCCAAGGGAUCCUGUACAUUAGUACUGCAACAUAGUCCACAGGAUCAUGUACAUUAGUACUGCAACAUAUUCCAUAGGAUCCUGUACAUUAGUACUGCAACAUAGUCCACAGGAUUUUGUACAUUAGUAUUGCAACAUAGUCCACGGGAUCCUGUGCAUUAGUACUGCAACAUAGUCCACAGGAUUUUGUACAUUAGUAUUGCAACAUAGUCCACGGGAUCCUGUGCAUUAGUACUGCAACAUAGUCCAAGGGAUCCUGUACAUUAGUACUGCAACAUAGUCCACGGGAUCAUGUACAUUAGUACUGCAACAUAUUCCAUAGGAUCCUGUACAUUAGUACUGCAACAUAGUCCACAGGAUUUUGUACAUUAGUAUUGCAACAUAGUCCACGGGAUCCUGUGCAUUAGUACUGCAACAUAGCGCAUGAGCUCCUGUAUAUAAGUACUGUAAUAAUAGAAGUGCAACAUUGUUCAUAGGAUCUUGUACAUAAGUACUGCCUGUACGUUAGUAUGGCAACAUAGUGCAUGGGCAUGGGAUCCUAUACAUUAGUAUGUAUAUGUAUUUAUCAUGAUAAGCUUGUAAACUUGUGGCAUGUUGGACACAUACAUGUAUUAUACUGACAUCAUAGAAGAGAGUUUUCGGUCAAAAGAAAUUGCCAAUUAUGUUUCUGUAUUUGUAUAUUUUGUAAAUUACGUUUUGUUGUGGUGUGCAAUAUAAUUUUGUGUGUGUUAAAAUCAACAGUAUUAUGUUUAUUAUUUCUUGUACAAUUUAUACACUUUGUUAACAGUCUCCAUAUUUCUUGGGAAGAUCAAAUACUGUUUUUGUAUUUACAGACAUGUUACGUAGGAAGUUCUGUUAUAUUUCCAGUAUUUGUUAUUGUUUGUCUCAUAAUUAUGAAGUAUAUUAAAACACAUUA